CCACCAUUUACAACGUCAUUUAACCCUUCCUCUCUCCUCUCUCCUCUCUCCUCAUCCGUUGCCUCAUGGCGGCAGCGAGGGCCUCUCUGCUGCCCGCCUCCACGCCCAAGCCGGCCUUCCUACGCUUCCCUUCUCUUUCCGGAAUUCGACGGCUCCCUCUCUCCAUUCGUUCAAUACGAACAGCACCGCGUUUUCUGAUCAUCUCCUCCAGAUACACCACGUUCUACACUGAGGGCUCCGUCGCUCCCCGGAUAGAGCGGCCGGAGACUGAGCCCGAUGACAUUACUGCUCUCAAUCAGCGGAUAAGAAGGGAGCACAAGCACAGGGAAGGCCCCAAGAACGGUAGCACGAUGGACUCCUUCGAGGUGGACAAGUACAUUAGAGUGGUGAAGGAGCAGCAACAAAGGGGGCUGCAGAAGCUUAAAGGGGAUAAACUUAGCAAUGCAGGCGGGUUCGGGUACCAGGUGGAUCCCUACACGCUUAACCCUGGUGAUUAUGUGGUGCACAAGAAAGUUGGGAUCGGGAAGUUUGUGGCCAUCAAGUUUGACGCCCCAAAGGACUCGUCCUCAGGACCCAUUGAGUAUGUAUUCAUCGAAUAUGCUGAUGGGAUGGCCAAACUUCCUGUUAAGCAGGCAAGCCGAUUGCUGUACCGCUAUAAUCUGCCAAAUGAAACAAGAAAACCAAGGGCAUUGAGCAAGCUUAGUGACCCUACAACAUGGCAGAGGAGAAGGACAAAAGGGAAGAUUGCGGUUCAGAAAAUGGUGGUUGACUUGAUGGAAUUAUACCUUCACAGGUUGAAACAGAAAAGGCUAUCAUAUCCUAAGAGUCCAUCAGCGGGCAACUUCGCAGCUCAAUUUCCUUAUGAGCCUACCCCUGACCAAAAACAGGCAUUUAUUGAUGUUGAAAGAGAUUUGACAGAAAGAGGAACACCUAUGGACAGGUUGAUCUGUGGAGAUGUUGGCUUUGGCAAAACUGAAGUAGCAAUGCGUGCUAUCUUCUGUGUUGUUUCUGCUGGAAAACAAGCUAUGGUUCUCACACCAACAAUUGUUCUGGCCAAACAACAUUUUGUUGUUAUAUCUCAGAGAUUUUCUCAGUAUCCUCAUAUAAAGAUUGGCCUUUUAAGCAGAUUCCAGACCAAGUCAGAAAAGGAAGAGUACCUGUCAUUGAUCAAAAGUGGACAUCUGGACAUCAUUGUUGGAACCCAUGCACUUCUUGGGAACCGGGUGGCCUACAACAACCUGGGCUUGCUCGUCGUUGAUGAAGAACAAAGAUUUGGCGUCAAACAGAAGGAGAAGAUAGCAUCAUUCAAGACUGCUGUCGAUGUUCUCACACUUUCUGCAACACCUAUUCCACGCACUCUUUACUUGGCAUUAACUGGAUUCCGUGAUGCUAGUUUAAUUUCCACACCGCCUCCUGAAAGAGUUCGUAUAAAGACUCAACUAUCAUCUUUUAGUAAAGAAAAGAUUUUAUCAGCCAUAAAGUUUGAGUUAGAUCGGGGUGGUCAAGUUUUCUAUGUUCUUCCACGAAUCAAAGGGUUAGAAGAAGUAAGAGAUUUUCUUGAAGAUUCGUUUCCCUGUGCUACAAUUGCAAUUGCUCAUGGGAAGCAAAACUCAAAGCAUCUUGAAUAUACAAUGGAGAAGUUUUGCCUAGGAGAAAUCCAGAUUCUUAUUUGCACCAAUAUAGUAGAAAGUGGGCUCGAUAUUCAGAAUGCUAACACCAUAAUAGUUCAGGAUGUUCACAAAUUUGGUUUGGCACAAAUAUAUCAGCUUCGAGGAAGGGUCGGGAGAUCAGAUAAAGAAGCUUAUGCAUAUUUGUUCUUUCCUGACAAGUCAUUGCUCUCUGAUCAAGCUGCAGAAAGACUUGCUGCAAUCGAGGAUUUCGGAGACCUAGGCAAAGGAUUUUAUCUCGCAGAGAGAGACAUGGGAAUAAGGGGGUUUGGUAAUAUAUUCGGCGAACAACAGACAGGUGAUAUUGGGAAUGUUGGGAUUGAUCUGUUCUUUGAGAUGCUUUUUGAAAGCUUAUCUGAGGUCGACAAAAAUAGACUUCUCCCAGUACCUUAUAGCAGCGUGCAGCUUGAUAUAAAUUUAACACCACACCUCUCCUCUGAUUACAUAAAUUAUCUUGAUAACCCUGUUGAACUUAUCAAGGAAGCAGAGAGAGCUGCAGCAAAUGAUAUAUGGAGAUUAAUGCAAUUCACUGAACAGUUACGUCGACAAUAUGGAAAAGAACCUCAUUCGAUGGAGAUAUUGCUAAAAAAACUCUAUGUGAGGCGAAUGGCAGCAGACCUUGGUAUCAAAAGGAUAUAUACAAGUGGAAAGACAGUCGUUAUGAUCACAAACAUGAGUAAGAAGGUUUUCAGGCUUAUGACAGAGUCAAUGACAUCUGAUGUAUAUCGGAAUUCUCUUUCGUUCACUCAUAAUGAAAUAAAGGCGGAACUACUUUUGGAUCUACCUAAAGAACAACUCCUAAACUGGAUUUUCCAAUGCUUGGCAGAGCUUUAUGCCGUCUUGCCUGCUUUCGUGAAAUACUAGAAUCUAUAUGACAAAGAAAAUGACUCUUUUAUUCCACGAGGAUGCAGUGUGGCAAUAGUCAAAUAUGCACCUAGGCUGACCUGAUUUUAUCGAAGUACCUUUCAAGGAAGCCUUUUGCUUGUUGCUAUUGUCAAAUUGGUGACCAUUCGGACCAUUUUUUAUCUGAAGUUUUGGUGCCAGUAUCAUAUGAACCAUGAAAAUUCUCAAAGACUCAAGUGUUAGAGAUCCUGGAUUUUCAUUUUUGACUGUGAUUUAACGUCGACUCCUGAUCCCAACCAAGAAGUGACCGCUCAAAAAUGAAAUCAGGUGUUAAUUAAUUAGAGAGAACAACCUUAUAGAUCUACAGGACGAAAACAGUUUUGCAAUGUGUUUUACCUGUAAAUUAUCCAAUUCAUCUGUUCCAUGUCGUUAGCAAUAUCAUAUACAUAUUAUAUUGAGUUAGGCUAUGAUUGAUCAUUCUAGCCAGAACUUGUAAGUUUAUCAGAUAUGAUCUGAUCGCUAUAGAACAUUUUGGAAUUCAUUAGCAUAUCUUUUGUUUUGGUUAA